AUGUCAGAUCUUUCUCCAGUCUACUCCACCGGCCGCGGAGGCCACGGAAACCUCACACACGCUCAUGAAAAAUCUGAACUCGAGCCCAGUUUUUCCAACUCUUCGAAGUUAAGCUCAGCUUUCAAACAUGACAAAGAGGGUAACGUGACAUAUUCUACUGGACGUGGUGGUGCGGGUAACUUCAAGAGCUCUAAGGAGAUCCCCAGUCCAACCCUGACUCCAGACCCCGAGACUGGUGCCAAUUCGCUCCAGCCGGUGUUUUCUACUGGACGUGGUGGUUUCGGAAACAUGGUCAAGAGCGGAGAUAUAUCACCAAUUGCGUCUAGGGAUUAUUCGAACCCUCCUAACAUCAAGGCCAAUGCCCCUGUGAGUACCGGUAGAGGUGGUGCUGGAAACGUGGUGGACCCCACUGCUUCUUCAGAGCAGAAAUCGAGCAACUUUCUGUCAAAGUUGAAGAAGAUCUUCAACUAA